CCCCGGGCAGGAGGGGGCCGACCCAGGAAGGGGAGACGCUCCUGCCUGGGGCCUGGCAGUCAGCUCUUCGGGUCACAGCAGCCCGGGAGGCAGAGGCCUGAGAGGGGGAGGAGAAAGUGGAAGGCUGGAACCGGCCUUGUGCAGGACCUUGGGGGCAGGUGGAGGCCUGCUGGGGUCCGGGCACAGGUCAGGGGUGGGGAUUUGGCAGGUGGGGGAGAAGAGGAGCCUGAGAAGAGAGGUGGCUGGAUUCGGGGCUGGGGGCAUAGGCCGUCCAGGUGCUGAUCCCGGGUCGGUCGGGUCGGGGCUGUGGGGCUGCGGGCUCUGCCUGGGCAGCCCCUGCAGGGCCUGGCUUGUGAAAUGGGGAAACUAAGUCCAGGAGGGGACAAGCUGGGCAGCAGGUCUGGGGUGUGUGGGGCUAUCUGGGAGUGGAAUGGGAAGCAGCACAGGGCCAGGGAAGCCCGGUGGAGGGCCCCUCACUAAGGGCGCUGGCUUUGCCCCUCCGCCCCAGGCUGUUUCCAAAGGGCUGGCCUGGGUUGGACCGACCUGCCUAGGCCACUAGCCCCUCCUCCAUCUGCCGGCCAGUGUCCAUCAUUUGGCUUCUUACUGCAUAGUUCUCUUUGGGGAAGUUGGUAGCAGGUUGUUUUCGUCACUGGGAAAUGCCCCCUCUCUGGCUCAGCUUGUUUUAAGGUGCUUGGCGUCCUCAGUGUGCUGGCCGCCAGACCCCCUCACUGGCUAGUGGGGGACUUGCUCCCCUGUGUGUGUGCGUGACCUCUCCCGGGUCGCUGCCCCUCUCCAGGCCGGGAACAGUGGCUGCCUUGCCUCCUUUUCUCUCCCACCAUCCCUUCCUUUCCCGCUCCUGAGCCGCCCCCCGCCGCCAUCUGUCUCUGCUCUGGUCCUACAUUUCAGUGGCCCUGGGCAGCACCUGCCUGGCCAGUGGUCUUGCUCUGUCCUCCUCCCUCUUCCUGACCCCACCCACCUGUCCCUUUCCCAGGACUUCCUGCUCUCUUCCCCGCACUGCCAGCUGCGGGUCCUCUUAACUGUGCUCUCUGAGGUGAACCUCACUUGCCUCCCUCCCCGCAGAGCUGCACGGCUUAUGUGACCCCUUCACACCUUAAUUUCUUACCUCUAAAAUGAGCAUAGUGGUCAACACCUCCUGGUGAAUUUAAGAUUAAAUAGAUGGACACACGUGAAGUAUGUAUUCAAUUUGUCAAGUGCCUGCUCUGCUAGACUGUUUCAGGUGGUGGGACAUGGUGUGAGUGAAACUUCUCUCCUCUAGUUUAGGGUCUCUAGGGGAACAGGGGAAAGCAGGGAGAACACAUGCAAAGCAACCGGAACCAACACUUGGCUUUUAUAGCGAUGUCCGUAGGGGUGUUUGCUGUACUUAUUCUCUGGGAAACUGAGGAAAUGAAGGUGGCUGGUGGGGCUGCUGGAGCUGGAGGUGCUAACACCCGAAGGGCAGUGUGGGUGUGGUGUGCGGGGCGGCGGGGAGGCCGGGACAGUGAACGCAGGACUGAGCAUGGCUGAGUGUACAGCAGAGCUUCUGUACGAUCUGAUCCUUGACGGCUUAGGGUGAAAAACCAAUCCAGAAACACUGGGGAGAAAGGACAGCCCGGGAACAUGGGGAACGGAACAGGGGAGGGAUGCGUCUGGUCCAGCGGCCUGUUUAUGUCAGCAGGUCUCAGCCAAAGGGCAACCCUGCACAGUGCCUGGGCUCACGGUGGACGUCUCUGACCCGUCCAGGGCUGGGAAUUAUCCAUCUCAGCAAACCCCGCACCUGGCUGGGGCCUGGCAUGGAGGCUUUGACCUUAACUAGUAACCAAAAGAACAAGGGAUUGGUCUGGUAGUGAGGGAGGGAAAGCCUCCGAGGAGAGUGGGUUUGGAGCUGACCUCUGACAUCACUGCCUGGGGGAGUGGGAAGGAGGCGGAGGAGUUGGGAGGUUGGUUUAGGGGAAGUAGAGGAAUGCAGAUGGGGAUUUUGUUGAGGAGGUGGGGACAGGAGCUGAACACCUUUGCUGGAGUGACCAUUGUGAAGAACACUAAGAAGUGCAUUUGGGAACCCCGGGGUGAGUGGGAAGAGUGAGAAAAGAAUCUUGAGUGUGGAUCCAGGUGCAAGCAUUCCUUUCCUUUCCUUCCCCCUUUCCCUUUUCCGCUUCCCCUUCCUCUUCCCCCUUUCGUUUCCCUUCUCCUUUCCCCUUCCUCCACUCCCUUCCCUUGGCAGUCUCCUUCCCCUUCCUCUCCUGUCCCUCCCUCCUUUAUUCCCCAAGCCCACUCUGCACCUGGACCUGGACCGGUGUCAGCACAGCAGUGGGAAAUCUGGCGCCCACAUGCAAGGAAGGAGCGCCCCAGGGCAAUCUGUUUGAAGUCAGGCCCUGAAGACGAAAAGGACCCACACACAGCUGUGUGCAGGCUGCAACAUGAGUGCAGAUAAGAAAGUGCUCCUGGCUCUGCUGGUGGGGAUACAUUCAUCAGGUGUCAUUGGCCUGGUCCCUUCCUUUGGGGAUCGGGAGAAGAGGGAGAGUCCGUGUCCCCAGGGAAAAUACAGCCACCCUCAAAACAAUUCCAUCUGCUGCACCAAGUGCCACAAAGGGACCUACUUGCACAAUGACUGCCUGGGCCCCGGGCUGGACACGGACUGCAGGGAGUGUGCAAGCGGCACCUUCACCUCCACUGAGAACCACUCCCCUGUGUGCCUCACCUGCUCCAGCUGUCGGAAAGAACUGCUCCAGGUGGAGCUUUCUCCUUGCACAGUGGACCAGGACACUGUGUGUGGCUGCAGGAAGAACCAGUUCCGGAACUAUUAUGGGGAAACAUAUUUCCGGUGCACGGACUGCAGCCAGUGCCUCAAUGGCACCGUGACGAUCCGAUGCCAGGAGAGACAGAACACUGUGUGCCUCUGCCACACAGGCUUCUUUCUGAGAGGCAGCAAGUGUGUCUCUUGCAGCGAAUGUAAGCAAGACUCGGAGUGCACGAAGUUGUGCCCACACCCUGUAGUUAGGCCCCCCCAGGACUCAGGUACCACAGUGCUGUUGCCCCUGGUGAUCCUGUUAGGCCUUUGCCUUUUAUCUUUGCUCUUCAUCGUUUUAAUGUGCCGCUAUCCAAGGUGGAAGCCGAAGCUCUACUCUAUUGUUUGUGGGACAUCAGCACCCGUGAAAGAGGGCGAGCUGGAAGGAAUUACGUCCACUAAGCCCCUCGCCCCGACCCCGGGUUUCAGCCCCACGGCCAGCUGCAGGCUGCCCCCCAGCUCUCCCUCCCCUCCGAGGGGCCCUGGGGACUUCAGGGACGUCGCUGCCCCACCCCUGGGGGCUGAGCCCAUCUUCGCCCCGGGGCUCACGGCGGCGCCCGUCCCCAGGGCCGGCCAUGGCCACAACGGGGAAGACGGCGCCGACAGCCAAGGAGGGCGCUGGCCGGCCGCAGGCCCCGAGCCCGCAACGCUGUACGCCGUGGUGGACGGCGUGCCUCCGUCCCGCUGGAAGGAGUUCAUGCGACGCCUGGGGCUGGGCGAGCAUGAGAUCGAGCGGCUGGAGCUGCAGAACGGGCGCUGCCUGCGCGAGGCGCACUACAGCAUGCUGGCAGCCUGGCGGCAGCGCACCCCGCCACACGAGGCCACGCUGGACCUGCUGGGCCGCGUGCUGUGCGACAUGGACCUCCUGGGCUGCCUGGAGGACAUCCGGGACACGCUGCGGGGGCGGGCAUGCGAGGCCCUGCCCUCCAGUGGCCCUGCACCAAUUGGGGCGCCUUCUCGGGGCCUCCGACUAAGCCUGACGCGCGAUGCCCUGUGACCCUCCGCUCCCCUCCCCGCGAGGAAGACCUCGAGCGGCAGCCUCUUCCGUGGUGCUACCCUGGCGGAGACGCGGCCCAGGCUUUUCUCAGCGGCCUGACACCGCCUGGAGCCUGAGCUGUGCGGGGCCCGGGGUCUGCACAGGCUGAGUUCGGGCGGGAGCUGGCAGCAAGCCCAGGCCUCACGCCGGCCCGCGUGUGCUGGGCCCAGCGGGGCUGGGGACCCUGCGUGGCCCGGGCCUUGUCGCGUAGCUAAGCAAUCUUUGUAUCGGUCUCAUCACACUAAUGGAAGCGGCCUGGCCCUCCCCGGGAGGAGCCAGCCCAGCAGUGGGGCCGCGGCCCGGACUUCUGUGAACACUAAAUUCGACAUUAAACCUCUGCUUCCCGA